AUUGGUUCUAAUUUUUAAGUAAAAAUCAAGUAAAAACAUUCGAUUAAUUUAUUCAAAUAUGAAUUUUCCUCAAGUGUUGAUAAUAAAUGAUAGCCUUACUGGCUACGAAUUAAAAAAUUCAUUUAGCGAAAAAUUCAAUAUAUCAGAAAAUGAUUUUUAUCUUUUGCAAAAUGGUAAAAUAGUAAAAAGUGACACAUUGGUAAGACCAGAAUGCAACAUUCAUGUAAUAUUACGAUUAAUUGGUGGCAAAGGUGGGUUUGGUUCUAUGUUACGUGCGAUUGGGGCUCAAAUUGAAAAGACUACAAAUCGUGAGGCAUGUCGUGAUUUAAGUGGACGCCGUUUACGUGAUAUAAACGAAGAAAAACGAUUAAAAAAUUGGAUUGCAUCACAAGCCGAACGAGAACAAGAGGCUUUAGAUCGUAAACAAAAAAAAUUGGAACGUUUAUGCUAUCAACCAAAACAUAAAUUUGAGGAUGCUGAAUAUGAUAAAUUACGUUCACAACUGCCAGAAAAAGUAUCCGAUGCCGUCGAAGAAGGAUUCAAAGCAGCUGCUUCAACUGUUAGUAAUACUAAUGUUGUAUUAAAACGUAAAGCUGAUAAUAAUAAAACAAAUACCACCAAAAAUAAGAAAAAGAAAUUAUGGGUUGAUGCAGAUUUGAGUUGUUCGGAAGAUUCUGAUUUGGAUUCUGAUGACGAUUGUGAAAAAGCAACAAAAAAUGAGAAUACAGUGAAGCCUAUUCAAAAAUUAGAAAAAUGUGAAACAGUUACAUCAGCUACUUGCUAAAAAGUAUUAUUCGGUAAUUAACAUAAAAUGCAUGUAAUUUAUGUUAUUUAAAUAAAAUAUUAUUUUUUAUUAUAAGAGGAUAUUAAAUUUAAUAUUGAAGCGUGGCUUACAAAGCUGUUCGA